GGUUCUUCAUCAGAGCUCACACACGGAUUCUGAGACGAUGGAUUACAAACUCUGAAUUAAGUUGUUAAUUAAUUACAAUUGAUCUUCAUACCUGCUGGCAUUUUGAACGUCAUAUUCUGACGCACUCAUAGGUGUUUCUUCUUAAACAUAUAGGCUACUCUAACAAUAUCUUCACAUUGAUAUACGCGCAAUGAUUUUGUUCGUUUACCGUUAACGGCGCAAUAUAGAUUUCACAUUUGUAACGUAUUGCUAAAAACGCCUUUGAAAACAAUGGACUUCAAAUACUGUAAAGUUCUACUUCUGACUCUCCUGACCGUUCAGGUUCGUAGUGACAUAGUAUCACCGUCAAAACAUCCAGGCCUGCAGGUGCUGGCCACAGCGUCACACUACUGGCCCCUGGAUACAGUGGAAGGGAUCCACAGCCUUUCAGACCAGAUUGGGAACAAACCAGGUCAUGUUAAUGGGACUAAUAUAAACAUUGUAGAAGGAAUGGUGAAUAAGGGCAUCUAUCUGAACGGUGAUAAUGGGGCCACUUUCCUUCACUUUGGCAACUAUAAAGACUCCUGCAUAAGUGAUCCUACUUUGUGUGGACCUGCCGGGAUAACUUUCUCCUUCUUCUGGAAAAAUAAUGAGGUAGAUUCUCGUUUUGCGAUUGCAUCCGGAGGUAAAGUCAUCUCAAGCGGUUUCUCUGUCUAUUCCAACCCUCAUGGCGGAUACGUGGAGUUCUACACGAGAGGAGACUCUAACACAUGGAAAGCACAUAUGAAACUUCCAGGGCCCUACUGGACACACGUGCUCUUCACAUGGACCCAGUCGGAGGGGUUAAAGGUCUACAUUAAUGGGACAUUCAGCGUCGGAGACCCCACAGGAAAUAUUUCUCAUAACUAUGGCGAUCCCUAUGCUGACCUGGUCAUUGGCACAGUAAACAAUGGGAAUUACGACCACUAUGCCACAGGGGCCUUCGAUGAGUUUGUGAUUUGGGAGAGGGCCUUGUCCCCUCAGGAUAUCUGGAUGUACUACAAAGCAGCCAUUGGUGAGAAUGUGAUGUCCACCUUCCCAACCGAAGCAUCCAUCAAUGUCACUGCUGCAACAGAUACUCAGUUAAAGAGAACCACAGAGAUCCCCCGACCUACCUCCACAAACCUGACAGAGGAAGUUCAGAGACUUCAGGACCCCAUGCGGUUACAAACGCUCGACCUCCUUCAGUCUCUAUCAUUUAACCUUCCAAACAACACUAUACCUCAGGAAACAGCCAACAAUCUUACACAGUCUCUACUGAAAAGUGUGGAUGAGGUCAUAACUGCCAGCGACUGGAGAGAAAAUGAUGAGUGGAGUCCAGUGGUCAGUGGGCUGGUGGAGACUGUGGAUAAAGUGAUGGUGCAUAUGGUCUCCAACCUUCGGUCCAGCCCAGACGCAGAGGCUCCUUUGGCCAUAGGGGGCAAGAGCUCUGUAGCAGAUUACUCUCUGAUGAAGAUCCCUCAGAACUACAAUCUGCACAGCUACCGGUUCCCCACACAAGGGAAGAGUUACAUCUCAGUACCAGGAGAGGCCCUCACAAUGCAGUCUCAGACCACGAUCGUGGGACUUUUCUACCACAAAAUGCACAACUACUACAAAAAAAUCAGCCCUCUACAAACAAGGAUAAAUGAGGCAGUGGAUUUUAAAGAUCAUAAGAUCCAGAUGGCCAGUCAUCUUAUUUCUCUGAAGGUGGAACCCUCUCCUGCCCUGUCACUCAACCUGUCCACUGAGCCGCUCAUCCGGAUCGUCCUCACGCAUCAGCUGAGUAAAGAACAGCAGCUCCAGGCCUCAAACCAAAGUAAUAAAGUGUUCUUGUACUGCGCCUUCCUGGACUACAGCUCCAAAGAGGGUGUGUGGUCCAACGAGGGGUGUGUGAGAACUGAUGGAAACCUGUCCUUCUCUAUUUGCUUGUGUAACCAUCUGACCAACUUCGCCAUCCUUAUGCAAGUGGUUCCCAUAGAGCUCUCAAAGGCCCACCAUGUGGCGCUGUCCACCAUUAGCUACAUCGGCUGCUCUAUCUCUAUUUUCUGUCUGGCAAUUACACUGGUCACCUUUGCUGUCCUGUCGUCUGUUAGCACCAUCCGUAAUCAGCGUUACCAUAUUCAUGCAAACUUGGCAUUUGCAAUCUUAGUCGCUCAAAUCCUUCUGCUCAUCAGUUUCCGCUUCAAUCCCGGCACGCUCCCGUGUAAGAUCAUGGCUGUAUUGCUGCAUUUCUUCUUCCUGUGUGCGUUCGCCUGGAUGCUGGUGGAAGGGUUGCAUCUCUACAGCAUGGUGGUCAAAGUGUUUGGGUCAGAGGGCAGCAAGCACUUUUAUUACUAUGCAAUCGGAUGGGGAUGUCCUUUUGUCAUAUGUGUGGUGUCUAUGACCUCGUCACUAAACAGCUAUGGAGAGGAUGGCAAUUGCUGGCUGUCUCUGAAGAAUGGGGCGAUUUGGGCUUUUGUAGCCCCUGCUCUGUUUGUAAUAAUGGUGAACAUUGGCAUUUUGAUAGCUGUGACACGGAUCAUAUCCAGGAUCAGCGCUGAGAACUAUAAGGUUCACGGAGACGCCAACUCUGUUAAGCUUACGACUAAAGCAGUGGCGGUACUCUUGCCCAUCCUGGGCAUAUCGUGGAUCUUUGGGGUUGUGGCGGUGAACGACCACUCCCUGCUUUUCCAGUACAUGUUUGCAGUGUUUAACUCACUACAGGGGUUCUUCAUAUUCCUGUUUCACUGUCUGUUAAACUCUGAGGUGAGGGCUGCUUUCAAACACAAAACUAAAGUGUGGACUUUAACCAGCAGCUCAAUCCGCAACAUCAACGUCAAACCUUUCAACUCAGACAUAAUGAACGGCCACAAGGGCGGUGUGACUCCCACAAAGAUGAACACAUGGGACAAAAGCACCAACUCAGCCAACCGCAUAGAUUUAUCAGCAGUAUAAUGGCUUCUGGUCCAAAGAGAGCAAGAGGACAGCAGCACAGCAUUUCUUGUAGAACAUGGGCCUUUCUAUAUCACAUUUUAUAUGGACUCCAAAUGAUGAAAUGGCUACAAACACUUGCAGCUCAUUGUAGAAUAGUUAACUCACAACACGGAGCUCUCUGAUGCCAUUUCCUCCUGCUGAUGUUCUCUCUAACACAAACAUAGGAUGAAGACACACGGCCCAUUGUUGGGAUGACUUGUUGAUCGUUUGCUAAUAAUGUGGUCUGCUAAGGAAUCUGAAUUCAAGAAAACACACUAACUCUCACAGACAGGAGACUCUACUGAGAUGCAGUACCUGUGCUGUAACUGUUUGCUUGCUUUGAUAUUUUGAAUAACACACUAGACCUGUGCUACAUUUGGACCACUGUUUAGCCGUCCUUUAAACAGAGGAAUCAUCAAGUACAAGUCUGAAGUGUCUCAACUUUAAUGAGAACUUUUCUUUGCAACCGGCCUGAGUGAAGUAGCAGCUAUUAUUAAUUUUUGUCCAUCUGCGCAUCUACUAUGGCUUUAAAUUAGACCUGGAAGAGAAGUACAAUACUGGCGAAAAUCUCUGGAGUUCUUCCUCAUUAUUGUGAUGGUUUUCUCUUUUUUAAUGUAGUAUUGUAAAUGGCACU